AUGGCUAAUACAUUCUUUGUUGUUCUUCCUAGCAAUGUUAGUGAUUACCCAGAUAAUAAACCCAAUAAAUAUCGAGUGCAUCUUCCGAAACCAAUAGAGUUUCAAGGUGGAAACUGGGUAUGUGGACUCUACAGUAUCCAAUACCCACAAUCAUGGGCUGCAACUAUUGGCACCGACAUUAAACAAUGGAUCGAAAUUAAUUACAAAAAUAAGAAACCGCAUAGAAUUGGAAUCCCCAAAACAACACAGCUAACACCCAACGGACUCAGCUUCUUUUUAAAACUUGUAUUAUCCAAUAAAGAGAAACCUAGGAAAAGACGCGAUGUAUCAAUCGAUACUUUGGAGGAUGAAGUUAUCAUUGACCCAGAAAUUAAUUUAGUAGUGGAGCCAGCUAAGAAACGAAGAAAGAGAGAGGCAGAUAAAGUAGAUACUGUGCCAUUAUGGGAUGAUACACAUAAGGGAGAAUUACAGCAAGAACUUGAUCACCUACAUUCCCUUUCAGAAGGUAAAAAGAAGGAAAUUCGUCUCUUAACAGAGGAAGCUAAUAAGAGGGAUAGGCGUGAUGAUGGACUAAUAGCAAACCAGUUUUUGGAACAACACCCAGAUGAUUAUCACGAGGAAGUAAUAAAGAUGGAAAUAAAUAUAAUAGUAAGAUACAUUGAACUAGAAGACAAAAUUAGAGAAAGCAGGGAAGAGGGUGUUAAGAAUGCUCGAUCUGGUGAUGAGAUUCAGAGGUUUAUUAAUUCAAUAAAACGUAUGCGUAAGAAUUUGGAAGCAUUGGAAUCUGCUAUUAUUGAAAGAGACUUGCAAAUUACUAGAGAUGAAUUUCAUCAGCAAAAUUCAAAUACACACUCAGAAUUUGUCCAGAAAUUUUUCGAGGACCACCCUGUAGAUCAUUGGACAGCGUUAAAGAAAAAUUUAGGUGAUCUACAGGAAUUACAUAGACAAAUUCGAGAAAAACGAGAUGCCCAUUCACAAGAACAAAAUGAGGAAGAAAAGAAUAAACUAGGGAAGGAGAUUGACAAUUUAAGUAAAUUGGCUUCCUACAGAAGAAAUAGAUUUACAGCAAUACACCAUGCUGCCUACAAGAAAUGGAAAAAUUUUGAGCUGCCAAUUCCCCCAACUAGAAAUGAAAUUAAGGAGAUGCAAAAAAUUGAAGAGAGAACUCAUCCGGAAUAUUUGGAAGAUGCACUAAAGACAGAUGAUCAAGGUAAACCAGUACCAAUUCCUGCUCCCGUAAUUACGGAUGAAAUGGUUGAGGUUGUCAAGGACAGACAUGGUUAUGAGCAGGGCAAGGCCAGAGAGGUAGAGGAAAAUGAAAGAAAAGAUAGAGAACUGAAAGAAAGCAAGGAACAAUUAAAGCAUGCAAGAAGAUUAGAUAAAUAUGGAGAGCCUAUACCCCUUGAGCAGCCAAUAGAUGAAGAGCAAGAUACAGUACCUGAUGAGGAAAGUUUCGAAGAAGAAGAAGAAAGGUGGGAGGAGAAAAGUAGGGAAAGCCCAGUUUUAGAUUUGGAUUCCUCAGAAGAGAUUAUACCAACUGAAGAGAUAUUUAAGGAGCAAAAGGAGAAAAAUACUGACGAUCUGAUAAAUGAGAAAACAGUUACUUUGAUUGAAGAAAAGGAAUCUAAAGCAAAAGAUUUAUAUUCUGACAUUGAAUUUGAAUAUUUGGACAGUAUUGAUCGUUUUCGGGUAAUUUUUAAUGAUCCUGAGAUUCGAAAUAUUGUUAUCUCUUCACAACUAUGCUAUGUUCUCGGUUUCCCCAUGGGACCAUUGGUAAAUGGACAAAUUAGAAAAUAUGGAAUUGCUCAAAGGAGGGUUUACAAGCUUUGCUGUAUAUUCAAAGGGGUUAACUAA